UUUGUGGAAGGGUGUGUUUCUGUGGUGGCCGAUACUGAAAGUGUGGGGAAGGUUUAUCUCUGGUAUUGGGUAACUUUUGAUAAUGUCCUUUUGCUACCAUUAGCUAAAAGUGGUAUUUACGUAAUUAGGUGAAUCGAAAUUACAGAUUUAAAAGCGAAAAAAGUGACAACCGUCACCUAGGGUUGUGUCAGCCUUCUUGUGCCUAUGAUGCCGACGCAGCGGGACAGUUCUAUGUCCCAUCCCGGAGACAAUCCCCACCAGGUCCGGGUAAAAGCCUACUAUAAAGGGGAUAUUAUGAUUACCCACUUUGACCCAUCAAUCACGUUUGAAGGUCUGUACAGUGAAGUUCGUGAUAUGUGCUGCUUUGACAAUGACCAGGUUUUCACGAUGAAAUGGAUUGAUGAAGAAGGUGAUCCAUGUACUGUAUCUUCUCAACUGGAAUUAGAGGAAGCUUUACGACUGUAUGAACUGAACAAAGACUCAGAGCUAAUUAUCCAUGUAUUUCCAUGUGUACCAGAAAAACCAGGCAUGCCAUGUCCAGGAGAAGACAAGUCAAUUUACCGCAGGGGAGCCCGACGCUGGAGAAAGUUGUAUUGUGCAAAUGGACACACAUUCCAAGCAAAACGAUUUAAUCGGCGAGCGCACUGUGCUAUUUGUACUGAUCGUAUCUGGGGUCUGGGACGUCAGGGCUACAAGUGCAUUAACUGCAAGCUUCUGGUUCACAAAAAGUGUCACAAGUUGGUCAGCAUUGAAUGCGGAAGGCAUGUUAUACCGGAACCUCUAAUGCCUGUACCUCCAACUCAUCAUGAUUCGCUUGAACCUGUUAUUCCUUAUAAAUCUUCAAGUAAUGAACAUCUAGAUCAUGUUGGAGAAGAAAAAGAGGCUAUGAGCAGCAGAGAAAGUGGCAAAGCUCCUAGCAGUUUGGGGCUGGCUGAUUUUGACUUAAUUCGAGUUAUUGGUCGUGGCAGCUAUGCUAAGGUUUUAUUGGUACGACUGAAAAAAACUGAAAGAAUCUAUGCAAUGAAAGUGGUGAAAAAGGAACUGGUGAAUGAUGAUGAGGACAUUGACUGGGUUCAAACAGAAAAGCACGUCUUUGAGCAGGCAUCAAAUCACCCCUUCCUUGUGGGAUUGCAUUCCUGUUUCCAAACAGAGAGCAGGCUUUUUUUCGUUAUAGAAUAUGUGAAUGGGGGAGACUUAAUGUUCCAUAUGCAACGGCAGCGGAAACUUCCUGAAGAACAUGCCAGGUUUUAUUCUGCUGAAAUUAGCUUGGCAUUAAAUUAUCUUCAUGAACGGGGAAUCAUUUAUAGAGAUCUUAAAUUGGACAACGUGCUUCUGGAUUCAGAGGGACACAUUAAACUUACUGACUAUGGCAUGUGUAAGGAAGGCCUACGACCUGGCGAUACAACUAGCACCUUCUGUGGUACUCCUAACUAUAUAGCUCCAGAAAUUUUACGAGGGGAAGAUUAUGGUUUCAGUGUGGACUGGUGGGCACUAGGAGUACUAAUGUUUGAGAUGAUGGCCGGACGAUCUCCUUUUGAUAUUGUUGGUAGUUCAGACAAUCCUGAUCAGAACACAGAGGACUAUCUCUUUCAGGUGAUCUUGGAAAAACAAAUACGAAUCCCACGAUCUUUGUCUGUGAAAGCUGCUAGUGUUUUAAAAGGAUUUCUAAACAAGGAUCCCAAAGAACGUCUUGGUUGUCAUCCUCAGACUGGUUUUGCUGACAUCAUGGGCCAUGCAUUCUUCCGAAAUGUAGACUGGGACCUUUUGGAGCAAAAGCAAGUUGUUCCUCCAUUCAAGCCAAAUAUUUCCGGAGAGUAUGGUUUGGAUAACUUUGAUGCACAGUUUACUAAUGAACCAAUACAACUUACCCCUGAUGAUGAUGACGCUGUGAAAAAGAUUGAUCAGUCAGAAUUUGAAGGUUUUGAAUACAUCAACCCUCUCCUGAUGUCAGCAGAAGAAUGUGUCUAGCAGAGAAAUGUAUUUCUGUUGCUGUUAUCUUGGCAGGUCUGCAUGAUAAAGAUCCUGUGUGUGACAUCAUCUUACUUCAUAUCAUGCCUGAAAAACAUUUUCUUUCAGCAAUUGAACAUUUGGAAGAACUCUGGCAAAAUGCAGCAUAGUUCCUCAAAGGUUUCCUUAUGCAAUUUGUAUUUGUUGUUUGUUUCACCCUCAUUUUUACUGGUAAAAUAGCUUUGGUUUAGUUUUGUAUUACAUAUGUGCUGUGGUCAGCAUUCCAUUCCAUGCAGUAGCCUGUAGAAAUCAAAUACUAAGCUGCUGUUUACUAAGGCCACUCUUAGUCAAAAUCCUUGUGUUAUUUUUAUGGAUAGAGAGGUUGUACUAAGUUCUAGAGAAAUGAUGCAAAUAUGCAAGGAAAUCACAGAGUGCAGGUACAUGAAGAAGUGUGCUGCAACUUUCAAGACCAGUGAUGAGUGAAGCAUACACAACAUUUCUGCAGUUUGUGCUAUGAGACUAAUGCUUUGAUGCAGGUACCAUCAUUUGAAAGAUAUUCUCAACCUUAGAUCACAUGGUACACUACUCCUGAUUUUAAUUCAUUAAAAUGAUUUUAAAGUUGGACGUUAUUAGUUGUGAGGCUAUUUGCAAAAACCUGACAAGGCAAUGGAUGCGAUUGAUGCUUUAAAUGUUGCAUGUUGGUUUGGGAUUUACCGUUAAGGUUUGUCAUAUAAAAUGAUAUGAAGGUGAAUUUCUUUUUGCAACAGACUACACAUACAAUAUAUUGCAGACUGUUUUUAUUAAUAAUUAAUCUAUUAAAAAUAUUCACAUUCACAAGUAUAGACACUAUGAAAAUGUAUAGGUAACACCUACCCAAAUAUACCAUCAAAGGAAUUGGCCAUCCUGGUUUUUUUCCUCAAGAACAAUAAUACUUCCAACUGCAUUGGUCAUCAUAUUCUCUGUGCUAGUAAUCACUAUAAUUCUAAUCGCAUUAACCUAUUCAGAAUAGAUUUUAUUGGAUGGUCUCUUGCACACCAGACCAAACUAAUUUUGAGAAAAUUGAUCACAAUUUUAAAAUAUUCAUUGGUAAUAUAUCAAACAUUUCUCUAUGAUAUCUCAAACCUAAGAGUCAACAUGUUUUAAAUUUUGCUGAUAUAUUUUUAUUUUCCUGGCUUUUAAUCAGUUGCCUACAUGGAAAACUAUAAGUAGAGUAUUGGAAGUAUCAGGUGUAAUUUUUUUCCUUUUCAAAUAUUAUAUUACUUGGGCAGAUGCACAGAGACAGCAGAUCAGAUGUAAAUAUUAAAUUCUUAAUUUUACAUUGUUCAUUUAGAGAAAAGUAAGGUGUCAUGCAUUAAACAAUUACACAUUAACGAUUUAGGCGUCAUGCAUGGGUUAUUGUCAAAAAAAGAUACAGAGUGUACAAAAACAAGACACACACCAUUUUAGGUCAAAGAAAGGCUACAGAACAGAAUCCUAGGGUUUCAGGUGGUCCAUGGCUAAAACCUUGUUUUGUGUAUUUUGAGUCUUGGUGCGCUUGCAAAGCUUUUCUGUAAGAUGAAUGUGUGUGUGUUUUUAUAUAUAUAUAUAUACACACACACACACACUGUAUACAUGCUGAAUGAAAAUGUUCAGUCACACCAACUGUUUUACUAGAUAUUCCCUCCUAAUGGUCUGUGCCCCAUACAAGGUCAUUGCGCACAAGAAGCUCAGAUGGCAUCAGGUGGUGUGUAGGAGAGCAUUGCCACUUUAACAUAGACUUUGCCCAAUAAUAUUAUUUGCUUUUAUUUGUUUUGUAUUUAUUACUGGAAGCCUUAAGUGGCAUCAUUAUCUGCAGAUACGAAAGAACAGAACUGUAUGAGGCAAAAGGCAGCUGGGAUGCUGGGCUUCAUUCUUUGACUUCUUUUGCUCUCAAUGUCACUAUAGAAAUGCCCAUAAAAUUUACUCUUCAUAUUGAGGUUCGUGCUUUAGAAUAAGUAAUAUAAAAUUUCUUCCUCAAUAAAUGUGUCCUCAAUGUGUGACUGUAUAUGUGUUUAUAAUAUAAAGAUAUGUGGCUAAAUAUGUGCACACAAAAUAUGCAAGUGUUUUCAAUCAUUCCUGAGAACUGAUUUUAUGUAUUCUUAAUUUUAGCUGUAAUUUUAUUUUACAUGAACGUUAAAUGUGGAGCACAAAGCAGAGAAAAAUAAGUCUUUGUUUAUUUACUGCUGUAUUUUAUUUUUUACACUUUUUUAUUGUUGCAUUCAGACACAACUUAUUUUUUUACAAGUGGAGUCAAAUACUGUAACACUACUUAGCAUAUUUUAAUUUUAGGUUGAUUGCAACUUAACAGGUACUUAAACUUUAAUACACUGUACUGCUGUCAAAGAGGAAAUGUCUGAGUACACUACAUCUUAUCCUGCUUAAUGUGUAUUGUUUCCACCCAAAGACAAUUGUAAAACAUAUAUAUUAAUGAGCAAGGAGUGAAUACUGAAUGAACAUUAAUUUUAUGUCACAGCAUUGCAUUUGGUUCAGAGGGUAAAUCAGUAGAAAGAAAAAUAAAACAAUAAGGCAACCUUGACAUGUGGUUGGCGCCUUUGUAAACAUUAUUUUCAUAACAGCUGCACUUUGAUGCACAAAUAAGCAUUCUUUGUCAAUAAAUUUAAUAAAGUGAUUUAAUGUUUUUGUU